AACCGUUCCUACAAAAUUAAAUACUUGGUUAAUUCAGAAUCAAGAAGAGUAAUUGAGGUUAAGGUAAGAGAUAAUAGUAGAUGCAACAAUGGUGUAUGCAAAGGUAUUUCGUAGAUAUUUCUUCAAUUUACUUAUGACUAUCAAUAAAAUUAUCACAAACGUAACAAAGUUAAACCUACCACCUAUAUUUGUCCCAAUAGCUCAUUUCUUACUCUCCUUGUACUACAAAUAUUGUGGUCUCUCUCCAUGCACCGUUGAUUUGGAUGAUCAAACUACCAUGCAUUUUUGGAUCUCUAACCAUAAGCGCCAUGGUCGACCUAACCUAGUCCUCAUCCAUGGUUGUGGUGGAGAUGCGCGCUGGCAAUUCCUCCCCCAGAUAGGAUCACUAUCGAAAUCAUUCAACAUAUACAUGCCAGAUUUACUAUUCUUUGGAGAAUCAUACACCAAAAACAAAGACCGUACGCCUCGUUAUCAAGCCAAGUGUAUAAUGGAAGGGCUAAAGAAGGGAUUUGGUGUUAAGAAGUGCACAGUUUACUCAAUCAGCUAUGGAGGGUGGGUAGGCUAUUCAAUGGCUGAGAUGUACCCUUGUGUAGUGGAGAUGAACGUGAUCGUUAGCUGCGGUGUAGGAACAACCGUAGAUCAGAAGCAGGAUCAGUUAAUUAGGGUAGGGAAGCAACUAGAGGAGGUGCUUGAAGUGGUUGUACCAAAGGAUCCUGAUGCUAUUAGAUUGUUGGUACAAAAAGCUGUUUACAAGUAUGAUCUUACAAAAUGGGCUCCUAAUUUUAUACUUUGGGAGUUUAUCAAGACAAUUGAGAAUAAGAACAGGAAGGAAAAAGAAGAGCUUAUGAAAUGUGUAAUGUUUGAAGAUGCAGAUUCCAAGAUUUCUGCUUUGUCACAGGAAACACUUCUAGUAUGGGGCGAUCAGGACUAUUUCUUCCCAAAAGAGAUAGGCCAUCAACUUCAAAGGAAAUUGGGGCCUAAAUCAAGGUUAAUGAUAAUUAAGGAGACCGGGCAUGCAAUAAACAUUGAUUCACCCAAGGAGCUUAAUGAGUUGAUCAAAUCAUUUGUAUUUGGUCAACUAGAUAGAUAGCAAAAAUCACUUCAAAUGUAACUAUUCAGCAAGUUAUGUGUUUGGACUUUGGCUGAUCAAAUUAUUACCCCUUUCUCAGUUUUCUUUUAUUUAUAUAAUUCGAAAAUAAAACGAAAAAUCAAGAGAUGCUCCAAUAAUUAGAGUAUUAGACACAUUAUUCUCGUAAUUGAGAGACUCA